AUUACAUAUCAAGACUCGAAAUGUCGAAGCAAGUAGCAAGCCAUCUCUUCUCAUCUGAAGACGAAGCCGAACUGCAGGAGCAGCAGCAUCAGAAAAGCAAUAAGGCGUCAGGUUCAUCUAAAUCAUCGGCACCUGUGAAGAGACUGGUGGAGGGACAAUCAUCGAAAACGGAAGAUAAAAAGAAGAGGAAGAAAUCUUAUAUCCACCCCAUCUCUCUUUGCAUGAAGCCUACAUCGUAUGAAGUAUUUGGCACCGACAGCGAUGAUGAUCGGGAAGAAGAAGCUGUCGGAAGCACUCAGGGUAAAAAAAAUCCGCCACUGUUUUCAUAUUUCACCCGUCGAGUAGCAAAUGGCUUGUCUAGGCAAACUGAUGAAAAAAAGACAGGGAGACAUUAUGUUGAAUUAAAAAAUUAUGAUUGUGCAGAAAUCGAACGCAUAGCGCUUAUAAAUCGCUGGAGGCAUUCGAUUAUAAUUAUUACUCUAAAAAAUCGAACUGAUGACGGGACGCCUGCAUGGCAGCAUUUCAAAGAAUUUAUAAAUAAAACCCGUCAGGAAUUUAAACAGAGCCUAUAGAAUUUGUCAGUGCUUAUUAUUAAUCUAAUUAGACGUUGUGAUUAUGAAUAAUUAUGAUAAAUAAUCUGUAUCUACAUUAAAUUUCUACUAAAAUAUUAAUUUUGUAACCUUUUCAUAAUUAUUUUAUACUCCCUUAUGUAUAGGUAUGUAGACAUGAUAUGCACUACAUUUCUUAUAAUUAAAAUAUUAAUGUAACCUUAACAUAAUUAUUUUUUAGCCACUUAAAUAUAUGUAGACAUGUAAGCAUAUUGUAUUUUUGUUUUAUUUGCACUACACCCUCGUCUUAUCAUCGGAGACAAUACAAUAAUAAUCCAGAAUUAUUAGAAUGUGAUAAAUGUCUAAUUAAAUUACCGCUAAAAAAAAUCA